AUGUCGAAACUCAUAUUCUUUCUCCUCCUCACCGUCCUUUUCACCGUUUCCGACCAAAAGCCAACCGCUUACGACGUUGUCAAACGCUAUAAUUUACCUGUUGGAAUCCUUCCAAAAGGUGUCGUUGACUAUGAGCUUAACACCACAACCGGCGAUUUCAAAGUCUUUUUUAACGACACGUGUAAAUUUACAAUCCAAUCGUACCAGCUCAAGUACAAAUCAACAAUCUCCGGUGUUAUAUCUCCCGGUCACGUCAAGAAUCUGAAAGGUGUUAGUGUUAAAGUGCUUUUCUUCUGGAUUAAUAUCGUUGAAGUGUCUCUUGACGGUAACGAUCUUGAUUUCUCCGUCGGGAUUGCGUCGGCGAGUUUCCCGGCGGCUGAUUUUGUGGAGAGCCCUCAGUGUGGUUGUGGGUUUGAUUGUAAUGGGCUUGUUUUUUCUUCUUAA